CCUAGGACAAAGCAAGCCCAUUGUUGCAAAAGCGACAACUGCGACACUUGAAGCGGGAGGUGCCCUUCCUGCUAGUACUAUUCAUCCGGUGCCUGGCAUUUCAAAAGAUGAAGAACAGUAUGCCGCAACUCUUUUACAAGCCGAUCAAGAUGAAGCAGAUCAAAAACAACCACACGGUUCCAGCGAUGUUGCCAAUCUGAAAAAACCAGCACUAGCUGAAGAGUCCUCGGAACAACGGAAACAACAUCAAACGGAGACGACUGUUGGAGCUGUUGGAAAUAAAGGUGAGAAAGAGAAUACAAAUG